GCUUGUCGAUUUAGUGUCGACGCGGCUAUGGACACAAAGGCGGAGGAAUAAGUUCGGUUUAAGACGCUAAAUUGGUGUAGUUUAGUUUAGUUAAUGUGUAUGUUUAAAUACGGCGGAUUUUUUCUCCAAGGUGAUUAAGAUUACAAUUAAGUAGGUUUGCGAAGUAGCUAGCGCAUUGUGCUAACUGAGCUAGCAUUGUGCUAACUGAGCUAGCAUCUUGCUAACGGUGCUGUAAAGUCUCACAUAACCUUGGAACGUGAGCAGUGUGAAGAUGGUGAGACCUCACUCAGGUUCUCCUCGUUCCAGACAGAGGUCCUUCUCUGAUAGCAGUCACAGUGAGCACCAUGGAGGGCGAUUGGGCCCGGCAUCUAGGGGGUUUCGAGGCCCCCCAGGUAAGGCCUCUCCCAGCUGGAGAGAGGGUAACGGCAGAGGGCAUUCAGCGUACCCCAGGGACAAGAGACCUAUGAUGGGAGAACAUAGACCACAUGGCCACUGGAUGCCUCAGAACCAGGAUAACUUCCGACCUUACCCCAUGUCUCAGGAUUGUCAGCGUGGCCGCAGGAGGUCCUCUCCAUCCCGCUCAAACCACCCUCCACCUUUUCAACACCGCCACUCUCCUCACGGAUCAUCUGGCCCCCACAGGCCCUUCCAUGGGAACCAUUCUGGCCACGUUUCUCCUUCUUCCCGAUAUUUCCACAGCCCUCCAUCAGACCGCAGGGGUCCAUCACCACAUAACACCUUCAGAGCCCCACAACGAUACCAAAACUCCCCUCACGAGCAAGAGCGGAACUUUGGUCCUGGAAGGCAACCAAGCCCCAGGGAGAGGCCUCCUGGGCGUCUGGCCCACAGAGGGCAUCGCUGGAAUGGCCCAGGGGGUUACGCUCACCCCAACGGGGAGUCCAGGCCCUAUGACUCACCCCAGAGAAAGCCCAGAGAGUUCCAUGAGAGGAACUCGUAUCCAGAGAGGUGGUCUACAGAGAGAGAUCCACGGAAGCAGCGUGGAGACGCCGGCAAGGGGCGAGGCAGGGGGAGGUUCGGGCACCACGCCCCCGAGUGGCCUCGCAGGGAAGGGGGUAACCCGUACCCUCGCCCCCCUUACAGAUCUCCUUCAUGGAAAUCUGGUCCAAUGUCUUCCUCCAACUCGUCUCCCAGAUUCCCUGCACCUCCACGCCCACAGGAUAGGCCUCCCAUGCGUCCUAUGAAGAGGAGGAUUCAGGAUAUGGGACGCCCGCCGCCAGAGCUCGAGCAUGGACCACCCAAACGCUUACGUAGAGAGAUGCCUGCACGAUCGAUGCCUCUUAAAGGUUUUGGAGGUCGCUGCCUGUCCCUCAAGGACAAGUCUAGGCUGUUAAAGGGGCGCAAGUUCAGAGCAGAAUCUGUCACCAGUUUCAAAAUGCCCCCGCCGAGGCCCAGGCCUUCAGACAACAUGCAGAGGAGCAAGAUGGUGGAAGUAGAGCAUGUGGGCGAAUCCUCUAGACUCCCUCCUCGCAAGAUUCCUUUGAAGAAAAGUGUGAAGAGGCAACCGUCUCGAGAGUCACCUACAGACAUCGACUCCAAAUCUGCUGAUCCUGAAAUGGACUCCGAGACUCAGGUGGAAUCCCGGCGCUCUGUACGAGCACGCAGCUCUUCCCCUAUAGACAGACAGCUGACCCAUGACCUGGUGGUGGUUUCUCACUGGGAAGCUGGGACGAGAAGCUCCAGUCCUAAGAGCAGCACGUCCUGGAAGAGCAGAAUGCCCCAUAAUAAUAAAACCGGUCAGAAUCCAGGUCACCGCUUUGGGAGUUCAGCACGUGACCCUAAACAGCGAAGGCUGAUGGACGGUCCUGGGAAAAUGAAACCUGGACCGUUUCAGAAACCUGGGUUCCGUCCUGCCCCUGUACUUCAGAAGGGUUCUGAUGGCGUCAUCAGGAGACCACUGAUGGCUCCCACACUGAUGCGUCCCUCACUCAAUCAGAAACCCGUGUUCAGGAAAAGUCAGAGCAUCAUGAACAAGUACAGGAACAUGCAGACCCUCCGCCACAAAGCCCCACCGCACCCACGCCAAGCUACAAGCUACCGCCGCUGGUGAAGUCUAAACUGAAUCCCUUGGUGUAGAGUAACUGCUGAUAACUGGAUUGUAUAUCCACAGCGUCUCGGCUCUUUUUCAGACUUUCCACUGGUUAAUAUUCUGUGUAUCACUUCAGCUGCCAAAGUUUACUUUAAUACAUUAUUCAUGCUUUAGGUUUCAGUCUGAUCGGUCUCUCUCACACACACACACACAGAGUUGUGGUGAUGUACAGAAGAUCUCGAGGUGUCUGAUGCUGAUGACCUGGAUUUGAUGUUUAAUGAGUUCCUUUAGUUUACUUCAUUCUUUUGUUUGUUAAAGCUCUUUGUACAGCUCUUUAAUUGUGUACAUUGUUUAUAGAGAUUUCAAUAAAACAACUGGAACUUGUCA